GGCAUGGUGCUGGGACUGGCCUCAGGGAGAUCCUCAAAUGUCACGGUGCUGGGGGCGGCAAGUUGGUUGGGAGUACUGUUGAGGAGAUGGCUCGGCAGCAUCAGGAGUGGCUUGAAGACCUUGUCAUACGGCUGCUUUGUGUGUUUGCCCUUGACAGAUUUGGAGACUUUGUGUCUGAUGAGGUGGUAGCUCCGGUUAGGGAGACAUGUGCCCAGACGCUGGGCAUGGCCCUGAGACACAUGCUGGACGGCGGUGUCACCAUGACAGUGGGCAUAUUGCUCAAGCUGCUGACAGAGGACCAGUGGGAAGUCCGACAUGGAGGACUUUUAGGCAUUAAGUAUGCUCUGGCAGUUCGACAAGAUCUGAUUGGAACGCUGCUUCCCAGGGUUUUGCCUGCCAUUAUUGAGGGUCUCCAGGACUUAGAUGAUGAUGUCAGGGCUGUAGCGGCUGCUGCACUCAUCCCUGUUGUGGAGGGGCUGGUGCAACUGCAGCCCACCGAGGUCCCGUUCAUCGUGAACACGUUAUGGGAUGCUCUUUUGGAGCUGGAUGACCUUACUGCCUCCACCAACAGCAUCAUGACUCUGCUUUCGUCACUGCUUACCUACCCUCAGGUCCGACAGAGCAG